AUGUCUAUGGUCAUAGUCCGAUUCACUCGGCUCCCCACGCCACCCCUCACAGUCAACGCCGGCAACGCGCACGACUACGAACCCUGGUACGAAGCCAUCCAGAUCAUCUGGAAUUCCUCUGGAAACCAAGCAUGGAAGGCACUCUCCACCAACACCCUGUCUUCCAUCCACAACCACUACCGCGACUAUAAGUACUGGAACUACAAGAUCUGCAAGAUGGAAAUCAUGUGGAAGCUGAGCCGCGGCCAGAAUGCCCCACAGGUGCUCUAUGAGUAUGGAGUCAAUGAUGAGUAUUUGACACUGCAUGAGGGACAGCAUAAGAGAAUCGAGACGGCGUUGGCGUUGCAGAAUAGGGCGAAUGGGGAUUUUAUAUGUGUGACGUAUCAGGCAGGGCCGUCGAGUCAGGGACAGUUGGGCGUUGUUUCGUUUAUGGAGUUGGAGAAAUCUUGA